AUGUCUUAUUCGAGCUCCUCUUCCGACGGUGUUCUUGACGAUAUGGUUAUCACCAUGACGCAGGAGGCGAUAAAUUAUUUGCAAGAAGAAGCCGAAUCCUCUAUAUUGUGUACCAGACAACCGCCUCUUGCAUGGAAUCGGUUAGGUGCUCAUGAACGUCUAGUGCAAGAUUAUUUUUGUGAAACUCCUUUGUACGAUGAUGGUCAGUUUAAGCGUAUGUUUCGUAUGAGCCGACGACUAUUCGUUAAAAUUUCCGAUGAUCUUGCGGGCGAAUCCCUUUUUUUCACGCAAAGGGUAAGUGCAAGUCGCAAAGUUGGUUUCUCUGGACUACAAAAGUGUACAGCAGCAAUUAGGCAACUAGCGUACGACACAUCGAGUGAUGCGUGGGAUGAAUAUUUAAGGAUGUCGUCAAGAACGUGUCGUGAGUCUCUUGAAAAUUUUUGUGAAAGUGUUAUUUCUCUGUACGGGAGACGAUAUUUGAGGAUGCCAACCGCAGCCGACGUUCCUUUUCUAUACGAGGCCCAUCAGCGCAUACACGAGUUUCCUGGAAUGUUGGGUAGUCUUGAUUGCACGCAAUGGGAAUGGGCGGCAAGUCCAACCGCUUAG